CAACUUGACUGACCAAUGGAGGACUGGGUAAAGAUUCAGAACCAGAACCAGCUGCUGGUCUAUCUGCUAGAGGACUGGUUUCCCUCCCAGGCCUCAGGUGAUUAGGCCUAAAAGCUGUACAAACAUUACAUUUUAAAGGUCAUAGUCAGAAGGAGUCAAUGAACCUGAAAAUGUUUGUGUUGUAAAUAAGCCAAUCAGAAGAGAGGAUGCUCUGACCCUCCCUCUCGUCUUGUUUUCUUUUCUUCUUCUUGUAAUAAUUCUGCACCCUGAAGAUGCACACCAAAGGAAGCUCCUGCUGCUGCUCCUUCGAAGACUACAAGCUGACCACCGAAUGGCUACUGAACCAGACCCGGCAUCGACCCAAGGUGGCAGUUAUCUGCGGGUCAGGACUCGGCUUAUUGGCCGAAGGAGCCGCCGACAAGCAGACCUUCAGGUACCAGGACAUCCCGAACUUCCCAGUCAGUACAGUUCCAGGUCAUGAAGGCUGUCUGGUCUUUGGGACGAUCGAGGAGACACCCUGUGUCUUCAUGAAGGGCCACUUUCACCUGUGUGAGGGUUACUCUCUGUGUCAGGUCACUUUCCCUGUUAGAAUCUUCAAGCUGAUGGGUGUGGAGUUCAUGCUGGUGACAAAUGCCUCCGGAGGGAUCUGCCCGGACUUUAAGGUUGGAGACAUCAUGAUCAUUAAAGACCACAUCAACCUCCCUGGGUUUGCUGGACAGCACCCUCUGUGUGGACCCAAUGAUGAACGGUUUGGUACCAGGUUCCCUUGCAUGUCAGAUGCCUACAGCAAAGACCUGAGGACGCUGGCUCUGGAUGUCGGCUCUGAGCUUGGCUGCAGCGACUUUAUCAGAACAGGGGUAUACUGUAUGGUGAGCGGACCCAACUUUGAGACCAUCGCUGAGGCCAGAGUGCUGCUGACACUGGGCUGUGACUCUGUGGGUAUGAGCAUGGUUCCUGAGGUGACUGUGGCCAAACACUGUGGACUUAAAGUUCUGGGUCUGACCCUCGUCACCAACAAGGUGUCUCUGGACUACAGCCGCGAAGAGAAGGUGAACCACGAUGAGGUUCUAGAGAUCUGCAAGAUGAGGGCGGAGCUUCUUCAGAAACUCGUCACUACAUUGAUUGGACGCUGUCAGCAGAACAUCAACAGGCAAUGACUCACAACUGAGACCCGGACAUGCAUCUAAGACAUGGACAUCUGAGACAUGGACUGGACUUUGAGACCCACCAAAGACAUGGAUCUAAGACCAGGAAGGAAACCUGAGAAAUGAAAUCUUA